GUAUCUUGCGGAUUCAAUAUAGAAACUUCUUAGCGACUGGACGUUUCGCUAAAAUGUUUAUAUCCGAUUAUAAUAAAAUUUUGUGCGGGAAAAUGUACAGCUUAAGCAAAGUUUUAUUCCUGAUUGGGAUUUUAGUGUGUACGAAUGCUAAAGAUUAUGAUAAGCAUUGGGCUUUGAUUGGGAAUCCACUUCUUCAUGCAGCCCCGUGCAUCGGAAACAGUGAAGUAUCUAUAUCAUAUGAACCGAGUCUGGCACCGGAGGUAGAAACUAAAUACAAUUUAUUUAUACACGGCCCUUUCCCCGAACACACGACAAUCAAAAUGAAAUUUGAUUCGCCCGCCAAUGUGACUCUGAGCAACGACAUAGGCAAAUUAGCAAGAGUGUCUUCGUCUGCUGACGGAAUGUUCUUCAUCAAAUACUUUAAAGGCGGACCCUAUUUCAGUGCAGAUGUGAUAGGUUUAAAUUUAUCCGUAGUACCUUACCCGACUACUAUUAACUUAAACUUUGUCGAAUACUGCGAGCACCCGGCACUUGGAAUCUUAGAUGGAUAUAUCAACGGAUAUAAAUCAACAGCCUCAUCUACUUAUACAGAACACGAUGACAACUGUGGAAGAAUUAAAAUCUCCGAAAAACAAUGCGGUGGAAACGAAGAAGAACCUAUGCCCUGGCAUGCUCUUAUCAGAGACGACAACUCUACAAUAUGCGCUGGAACGUUGAUAUUACAGAGAUAUGUUUUGACAGCCGCUCAAUGCGUCACAAACUUAGGCGUUGCGAAGAACGCCACAACUCUGUCUGUGGUUCUUGGGAAAUUUAAUAACACCAGUGAUGAAUGCUUACAGGAAAUGGAGGUGGAAACAGUAUUUGUUUACGACGGAUACAAUUAUGAAAAUGGAACAAAUAACAUUGCGUUGUUAGAACUGAAGAACGAUGUGGUGUUUAACGAAAAAGUCCAACCUGCGUGUCUGUGGGAGUUCAGCGCAUACAAGAAGUUAAAUAUGAAAGACAUCAAGGGAUCUGUCAUAAGCACAACUCUCGGCGAAGAUAUUGAUGAAGGUCUCGAGGUAGUGAAUAUGAAAAAGCUUAAGUCUUCUAAAGAAGUAAAUGUUUAUAGGGAGGAGAAAUUUGGAUCCAAAUUCAACGCCACGUCUAUCAAUCAAUCCGAAGCCUGCAAGCUAGUUGGUAGCGGAUUUAUGGUGUUUGUUCCGGAUUCCCGUGAAUUGAAUAGCACCGGAGCGUGGUACAUCCACGGAAUCGUCGCUACGAACGAUUCGACACUAAGAUGCGACUCUAGCGAUCCCACUGACUUCAUCAACUUAGACUACUUCAGAGGCUGGGUCCUGAACAAAAAGAACAGAUCUUAUAGUAUUUAUUAGAUUUGUUAUUUUAUUGAUUGCUAUCGAGUAACAAUAGUUACUAAUUACCAUCAUUGUAAUAGGGUCGUUUUCAAUUUUGCGGUACAAAAAUGUAACGAUCUCAUGAAUUUAAACUUUCUCUAUUUUUUUAUAUUUUUUUUAUGUAUUUAGGCGUGUUCUAAAUAAAAAAUGCUUCAUCACAAUCAAGUUAAUCAUUUAUUGAUAAUAUUAUAUAAUAUUCAUUUAUAUUUUUCAUUUUAAAUACGAAUUUGAUAACGCCAUCACGGAUGACAAUCUAAAUAGGAACUUUUUGAAGUGAAACUUCUUUAGGCGCAUGAGGGUAAAAAUUUUACAGAUGUAACGUCACGUAGGCAUGCAACGGAAGUGUCGUACUUGUCAAAUGUUAGUAGUAGUAGUUGUUGUAUUUUUCCAACUGGAAAGGCAAAUGUAUCAUACCAUACAGCCUAAUAUUUUAUAAAUUUUUUGUGAAAAAUGUUAAUAGGAAUUGAGAUGAAAUGAAAAGAAUUUGGAACAUUAAUCAAAUAGCAUGAAAUUAAAUUAGUCAAUUCAAUUGGCAAAAUAUUAGUCAUUUACAAUUUAGAAAUCUAAACAUAAUGUGACUGUCAACACUGAGGUUUGAGAUUGACAUUUGACAGACUUUUGGCGCGAACAUAAUAUCUUCCUUUUUCCCUUCCUCUAAGUCUCGGAAAUCUAAAGUUUUAGAUUUGUAUAAAUAUAAGCAAGACUUAUAAAUUAGUUCGCCAAAGAAGUUUCACUUCUGACAUGUGUACUUUGUACGCACGCAUUUUUUUUAAAAAAGCUUGGAAAUCGUAUUUCUUUUGUUUUUAAUAAUGUUCUAAUAUCCAGUUAGUUUUCUUUUAUUAUUGUAUUUUAUACUGAUUAACUAAAAUUGCCGAAUUUCAACACGCAUUAUUGGAAAAAUAGCAAACAAGUUAGAAUUUGAAUUUCGACCCAGUGAUACGAAUGAGAUUUGAGGUAGUUUUUACUGUAAAAUUCCUAAUUGUUUUUUUUUUUAUUGCCCUUGUAGGCUGACGAGCGUACGGCCCACCUGAUGGUGAGUGGUUACCGUCGCCCAUGGACUUCAGCAAUGCCAGGGACAGAGCCAAGCCGCUGCCUACCGCAAAUUUAAGUGUUUACGAAUAUGUAGUUAUAGGAUCACGUCUCUGUUGUCAUGACAUUAAAUUUACAGUACUUAUGAUUACGGUAACAUUAAAUAACUCGCUUUUGGUCUCAAAUAUGAAAACGACCAAAAUUUUGCACUUUUUCGUGUAAGCGAAUUUGUUGCAAUCAUCAAACCCUGCGAACUCUAGUGUACAAUUGUUAUUAAAUCUGCGAAAAUGACAAUUAUUAUACUCUUUGUGAAGAUGAUAUUAAAUACUCAUUAAAACGUUGUUAAAUAUAAA